AUGAAGCCCAAACCCUCAGGCUCCUCACCAGAGCCCUGCAGAGCGGCAGGCCAGGCACCAGUUCUGCAGCAGAAGACUCAAGCCAGACAUGCACAGGCUCCCAGACAGAAGGUUCUGGUGACAGGAGGAGGCGGCUACCUUGGCUUUAGCCUGGGCUCCAGCCUGGCCAAGAGCGGCACUUCUGUCAUCUUGCUUGACCUCCGCAGACCCCAGUGGGAACUACCCCCUGGAACUGAGUUCAUCCAGGCUGAUGUCCGAGAUGAAGAAGCCCUGUACCGCACCUUCGAUGGGGUGGGCUGUGUCUUUCACGUGGCCUCCUAUGGGAUGUCCGGGGUUGAGAAGCUGCAAAAAGAGCAGAUUGAGUCUAUAAAUGUUGGAGGCACCAAACUAGUGAUCAAUGUCUGUGUCCGCCGGCGGGUUCCAAGGCUCGUCUACACCAGCACCGUGAAUGUGGCAUUUGGCGGGAAGCCCAUAGAGCAGGGCGAUGAGGAUUCUGUGCCAUACCUGCCCCUGGACAAGCACAUGGACCACUAUUCCCGAACCAAAGCCAUCGCUGACCAGUUGACCCUAAUGGCCAAUGGGACACCUCUCCCUGGAGGAGGAAUUCUUCGGACCUGUGUGCUGAGGCCCCCAGGGAUCUAUGGCCCUGAAGAGCAGAGGCACCUGCCCCGAGUGGCGAGCCACAUCAAGAGGAGGCUGUUGAUGUUCCGAUUUGGGGACCGCAGGACGAGGAUGAACUGGGUCCAUGUGUGCAAUCUGGUGCAGGCACAUGUGCUGGCAGCUGAGGCCCUUACUGCAGCCAAGGGCUAUGUGGCUAGUGGGCAGGCGUACUACAUCAAUGACGGGGAGAACGUCAACGUCUUUGAGUGGAUGGCUCCACUGUUUGAGAAGCUGGGGUACAGUCAGCCUUGGAUCCAAGUGCCCACCUCCUUGGUUUACCUGACAGCGGUGGUGAUGGAGUAUCUGCAUCUGGCUCUGAGGCCCGUCUGCAGCGUCCAGCCACUGCUCACCCGCAGCGAGGUGCACAGCGUGGCGGUGACGCACACCUUCCAGAUCGCCAAGGCCCGUGCUCAGCUUGGCUACGCGCCUGACAAGUUCAGCUUCGCGGACGCCGUGGAGCGAUACGUGCAGUCCACGACUCCACAGCCGCGCGGGGCUCCGGCGCGGACGUUUCUGCGGUUGCUGCUCGGACUGCUGCUGCUCCUCUGCCUGCUGGGCCUGGCCCUGCACUUGCUAAGCCUGCGGCCUCUGCAGGCGGCCAUGCAGCGGCUCUGA